AUGGAUCCACAUAGCAGUAACGCACGAAAUGCAAAUUAUAUUGAAAUUGAAGAUGCUGAAGUCCAUGCCGUUCUUGAUGCUGCUGAGCAUUUGAUGAAUCCGACAUCAGAAAACCCCGUUAUAUUAGACGCUCAGACCAAUGAAAGAUUGUAUAUUCAUGAGGUAGCUUCAUCGUGUGUUCCCGUUAUAGGAAUGGAAUUCAGUUCCAUAGAGCAAGCAUAUGUUUUUUUAUCAGACAUAUGCCAAGAAGGCAGGGUUCUCUGCGCGAAAAGGAGGUAUAAUAUGGUUUGUGUACCCUUUACUGGUAUCGAUAACCACUGUCGGAAUGUGAUGCUUGGAGCCGGGUUGCUAGCAUCCGAAAGCAUUGAAUCAUACAAAUGGUUGUUACAAUCAUUUUUAGACUCAUUUGGUAAGCAACCGAAGGUGGUUGUCACUGAUCAGGACCCGGCGAUGAAACAAGCUAUUGAGGCAGUGUUCGAUAAGAGCAGGCACGGAUUAUGUAUGUGGCACAUAAUGAAAAAAGUUGCCGAUAAGGUUGGAUACAAGUUGUCUAACAAUGAAGACUUCAAAAGACGUAUGUGUGAUAUAGUGUGGAUUGAUUUGAUUGCUCCAGAAACGCUUGAGAGAGAAUGGAAAUUGAUAAUGAUUGAAUACGGUCUAACCGAGAAUAAAUGCAUUGACGAUAUGUUUGGCAUGAGAUCUUCAUGGAUUCCAGCUUUCUAUCGUCAUGAGCCUAUGUCUGGGCUCAUGCGGACCAUCUCCAGAUCAGAGAGCGAAAACCAUUUUUUCUGUCAGGUGGCGAAUUCUCAACUUACCCUUGUUGAGUUUUUUUAA